AGUCAGAGCGCUAGCAACAUGCACAGAGGUAUCCAGCGUUAACCUCCAGUAAGCCCUGAGGGAGGACAGAUAGGUAUAGUUGAGGAAUAAUUGAGGAAGACCUGCUUGAGUGGCUUCACUUCUGACACUUCUGACUGGAGACUCUUCUACUCUCUCUUUUUUCACUCUCUCUUCUACUGUUCUGUUCUCUUCUGACAGACUCUCUUAGUCCCUCUCUCCCUCACUCUCUAUCCUGCUCUCUCUCUUGUCUUAAGAGAACUGUGGCUUCACUAUAGGACUCUGUCUCUCUCCAGUGUUUUGUUGCUGUGGUCUCAGUUUGUCUGUUUAGACAAUAAACAGGACUCUUCUCCACCUAACAGUGAUCUGCUGUUUGAUCUAUGUGAAGGUUGGUGUUGCUAAGCCAGGUGAUGAGGAUGUCUGAGAGGAACAUGGCAAAUCCAUAUAGCUCUUUCAUCAGUCAGCAGUCCCUCUGGAUCUACCUGACCACCAGCCACACCACCAGAUUACCUGUUCCCUAGUAACACACUGUAACAGACUGUAGAGACAACAUGGACACAGCUCUGAUGUUUACUCUUAAGGUGCGACAGUCUCUGGCCAUGUCAGCAUCACCAGGCAGGACCUUCUCGCCACAGACACAGCCAACGGCACAGACACAGAUACAGAUACAGAAACAGACACAACCACAGACACCAACACACCAGUCCUCCUCAGACUGUGCUCCAGAGUCUUCUCAUGAUGACGACAGCUCCACAGAGAGCAGUGAGGAUGUCUGUCUGCCAGGACCUCUAAGCCUGGAGCUGUCGAAACUGGAACUAGACAACCAGGACACACCCCAGCAGGACAGGGAGGCUGGUUGUGAAUAUAACAGUACUGGAGCCCCUGGGAUAGAGGGAGAUCUAGCUGUUAGUACUGGAGGUCCAGGAGGGCCAGCAGAGUCUGGUUUUGAUGUCUCCCCCCUUGACCCUCUAGACCUAGACCAGAUCGUCUGUCCCGCGGGUCUAAUCAGUGAGCCAGGCAGUGUCACAUCACCAUCGCCUGAUGAUGCCAAUAACAAUGGAUUGGAUUUACACAGCAGUUCUCCAGAAGCAGCUGAGGACCACUGCCUAGCCUCCAAUGUUCCUUCUCCUAGGAUAGAGGGAGAUGUGGAUGUUCUUGCUCCAAGGAUAGAGGAAAACCUGGAAGAAUCAGGACAUACCCUGGAUGCUAACCUCUCUGGUCAGCUAGAGGACAUCGAGCUGGGGCAUACCUCACCCAGGCAGACAGAGACAGACAUGGAGCUGGGCCAUACCUCACCCAGGCAGACAGAGACAGACAUGGAGCUGGGCCAUACCUCACCCAGGCAGACAGAGACAGACAUGGAGCUGGGCCAUACCUCACCCAGGCAGACAGAGACAGACAUGGAGCUGGGCCAUACCUCACCCAGGCAGACAGAGACAGACAUGGAGCUGGAGCAUACCUCACCCAGGCAGAUGGAGACAGACAGGGAGCUAGAGGAGGAGUCACCCAGGUGGACAGAGGCAGACAGCCAGCCUGAGGACUACUCAGAGGGACCUGUGGAGAACAGACAAGUCCCUACUGAUCUGGAACACACAGAAGACAACUAUGUCUCCGUCCCUCUAGUCCCAACAGAGAAUGGACAUAUCGCUACCCCUCUGGUCCAAUCAGAGACAGAGGUCAGCCACGUCACUAUCUCUGUGGUCCAAUCAGAGGCUUUUAGCUCCAUCCCUUCUCUAGUGGUCAGUGUAGACAACAACAUGGAUCCCUUCACACAUCCCUCCCUUACCCUGGCCCUAUUUGAGGCCCCCUUGGCAGGGCUAGGCCUCUGCGAUCACCCCUGCAUCCUCAAACACAAACCUAGCUCCAUCACCUUCUCAGGCUUCACCUGUAGUCCCUCCACCUGCCAUUCUAGCACCGACCACAGCGUCUUCAUCAAAAACAGCUCUGACUGCAGGGAGUCUUCCUCAGAGAAGGAUGAUGAAGGUGAUGAUGAAGAUGGGGAUGAUGAGGACACAUUCCCAGAGCUGCUUCAGAGCAGGGAGUUCCUGGUCAGUCGGAGGAGAAGGAGCAGCAGCAGAGACAAAGUAGUUAAGGAGAGAGGAUCUAUGAGUCCCCAGGCGGAGGCACCAGUCAGCUCUACAACCAACUCUCCAGCCAGCUCCCAUCUCUCCUCCUCCUCCAAAAACCAGAACCACAGCGGCUGCGAGGCAGAGACUGAGACCAGCAGCACAGAGGAGUCUCCCCUGGUCCAGCCUCAGACCCCGUGGUGUGAGUCUAUGAGCCAGCUGAUGAGGAAACUGGACCAGCUCAACCUGGACAUAGAGGAGGCUCUGAGUGCAUCAUCCUCCCCCUCGGACACACCCUGCACCGCACGCAGACAACAGUAUGGAGCUAUGUCUGGGACGGCAGUAAACCAAUCUCUUAACGAGGAGGACAGUACACUGCUGCAGCGAGGGGAACCAGAUACAGAAGAAUGUCUCAGACAGGACCAACACAAGACCUUGGCCCCUAGUAGCUCAGCCGAAGGAACCAGAGCCAGGACCAAGAAGACAGUCAUGUCCAGUAAGAUGACCAAUGCAGGUGCAGAACUCGAGGCGAAGGAGGCGUGUGAUUGGCUACGAGCGGCAGGAUUCCCCCAAUACGCUCAGCUCUUUGAAGACUCUCAGUUCCCCAUCGACAUCUCUCCUGUGAAGAAAGACCAUGACUUUCUGGACAACGACCUGGUGGAACCUCUCUACAGACGACUCAACACCUUGAAUAAGUGUGCCUCUAUGAAACUAGAUGUCAACCUUCCUAAGAAAAAGAGUGAAGACUCUGAUGAGGAGGACCUGCUUGCCAUCAGUGACAGAUGGACGUUUGAGUGGACGAGCCGCCGCUGGUCCAGACUAAAGGGGGAAGGGCGGAGUCCCAGGGAGGGGGAAGGCCGGGGCCUGCGGAACACUACCAGUAGCGAGAGUGUUCUAACUGACCUCAGCGAACCAGAGGUCUCAUCUCUCCACAGUGAGAGUAGCGGGGGGAGUGGCCACCAGGCUGUGAGCACAGAGGACUCAGACUGCUCUAACCGGAACUACUCUGACUCUGCAGCCAUGCCUGAACCUGACUCCAACUCCCUUACCCUGCCACACCUCCCUAAGCACCUCCCCUAUUACGGCUCGUUGCCCACCAAAAACAACCGCGCCGGACGGACCCGAGCCAAGGACUUCCUGCGCCACAUGGAGACGCUACGUUCCCGGGGCACGUUGGAUAGGGGGAGGAGCAAGAUGCUGGUUAUCAGCGCUCCGGUACUGCAGAUGGAGCCGCAGGCCCUGAAGACGAUGCGCUGUGUGGAGAUCACCAAUGGAGACAGGUCGGGGGCGGAGGUAACCACUGGGGGACCAAUCCUAGGGCUAACCCCCCAGUGCCCCUCCAGCAGCGAGGGCAGCCACUCCAGCGACAGCACCGUCUCCUCCCCCAGUCUGAAGGAGAGGAAGCCCCACUCCCAGCGGACGGACCGGUCUGACGCCAAGCGCAGUGGCAUGUAUCUGGAGGACUUGGCCGUGUUCUCCAGCCUGCAGCGGAACAGUGGCGUGGCCGAACACAACCGGCAUAACGAGUUCCGCUCCUACGAGGACCUGGUGGUCCACAUACCCAAAGACCAUAAGCCUGGCACCUUUCCCAAGGCCCUGUCCAUAGAGAGCCUCUCCCCCACCCUGGGGGCCUCCGUCCCCUGGCACAGCGGCAGCCUCAAUCCCCUGGAGCCCCAGUCCAACCCCAACCCCCGACCUAACUCUAACCCCAGGGAGUUCCACCCCCGCCCUGCCACCCAGUUCUGCCCACGGGGCAGUAGGAUCAGUGUGUACGACAACGUCCCUGGGUCUCACCUCUAUGCCUCUACUGGAGACCUGAUGGACCUGGAGAAGGAAGACCUGUUCCCCCACCUGGAUGACAUCUUGCAGCACGUCAACGGCCUGCAGCAGAUAGUGGACCGCUGGUCCAAGAACAUGCUGCCCUCUGCAGGCCUGGACGGACAGGGGAUCCAGCCUGCAGGUAUGCAGUCUUCCAGCCAGAUCACGCUGGACUUUGAGGGAACGUCUGUUCUGGAGGGACAGAGCACAGCCAGUGACAGGGACAGAGACCGUGGGUCCCUCAUUGAGACUCACUGUACAGGACACAGAGAGAGGAGGGACUCAGGAGUGGGAGCAUCGCUAACCAGACCCAACCGUCUGCGAUGGCCCAGCUUCCAGAUGUCCAACCGGCUCAGCCACUCAGUGGCCUCGCUCCAGAUCACCAACCAAUCAGCAGGCCAGCUCAGCCUGCUGCAGAAGUUCUCUCUCCUCCGCCUCACUGCCAUUAUGGAGAAAUACUCCAUGUCCAACAAACACGGAUGGACCUGGUCAGUUCCGAAGUUCAUGAAGAGGAUGAAGGUUCCUGACUACAAGGACAAGAACGUCUUUGGUGUUCCUCUGAUUGUUCACGUCCAGCGCUCUGGUCAGCCCCUCCCCCUCAGCCUGCAACAGGCCCUUCGAUACCUCAGGAGCCAGUGUCUAGACCAGGUGGGUCUGUUCCGUAAGUCUGGUGUGAAGUCUCGUAUCCAGGCGCUGAGGCAGAUGAAUGAGUCGUCUCCGGAUGAUGUCAGCUACGAGGACCAGUCAGCGUACGACGUAGCAGACAUGGUCAAACAGUUCUUCAGAGACCUGCCUGAACCUCUACUGACCAGCAAGCUGGGAGAGACCUUCCUACACAUCUACCAGUAUGUUCCUAAGGACCAGCGGUUGCAGGCUGUGCAGGCGGCCAUCAUGCUGAUGUCAGACGAGAACAGGGAGGUGCUCCAGAUGUUGCUCUGCUUCCUGUCUGACGUCACUUCCUCUGUGGAGGAGAACCAGAUGACUCCCAUGAACAUCGCUGUGUGUUUGGCCCCGUCCCUGUUCCACCUCAACAUCCUGAAGAAGGACAACCUCUCACCCAGGGCCAUGCAGAGGAAGUACACGACAGGCCGGCCCGACCAGAAGGACCUGAAUGAGAACCUUUCCGCGACGCAGGGACUCGCCCACAUGAUCAUAGAGUGCAACCGACUGUUUGAGAUUCCUCACGAGAUGGUGACUCAGUCCAGGAACUCGUACGUGGAGGCGGACCUUCACGCUCCCACCUUAGAGGAGCUCUGUAGACAGCAGGAGGAGGACGAUGCGUCCUACCAGGCAGAGGCCAGACCCUGCCAGACACACUCAGAGACCAGACCGCAGAACCUGUACCAGAGCUACGUAGAGAGCAGGCUGCAGGAGCUCCUGAAGGAGGCCAGAGAGAAGGCUAAGGGCUGGGUGUCCUGCACCAGCUCAGACAACACUGAGCUCUACUGUAAGAAGGUUGGUGAUGGGAACCCUUUGCGGCGGUGGCGUGUGGCGGUAGAGGUGGAGGCCCCUCCCUCGGUGGUGUUGAACCGCGUGCUGCGAGAGCGCCACCUGUGGGACGUGGACCUGCUGCAGUGGAAGGUAGCUGAGACUCUGGACAGACACACUGAGGUGUUCCACUAUGUCCUCAACCGCAUGCCACCACACCCCAGCAGAGACUUCCUGGUCCUACGGUCAUGGAGGACUGAACUUCCCAAGGGGACGUGUGCAUUGGUGUGUGUGUCUGUAGAACAUGAGGACUGUCCCCGGGUCGGUGGGGUAAGGGCCGUGGUUCUCGAGUCUAACUACCUUCUAGAACCCUGCGGCUCUGGGAAGUCCAGACUCACUCACAUCUGCAGGGUGGACUUCAAGGGGAGGAGUCCAGAGUGGUACAACAAGGCCUUUGGUCACCUCUGUGCUGCUGAAGUAGCUCGCAUUCGCAACUCCUUCCAACCAAUCAGCACAGAGGGGCCAGAGACCAAGAUCUGACACUAGAGUCUUCCAUCCAUAGAGCUAGACCCACACAUACCUGGAGGGAACUAGACACAACCUGGCCUGGCCUAGAGCUAGUGUAACCGAGUUGGAUUUGUAACCUCACUCCCCAGCCUGAAAUGUCUCCACCCUCACUAUCGAACUGCUAACUUUUUGGUAGCAUAGUUGGCUAAGACGUUGUCAAGAUGCUAGUCACCUGUGUUUGCUAGACAGAGGAUGCAAGAUCAAGGACCAGUGAGGAUAUGUGAGUGAGGAAGCACAGUGAUGUCUGUUACACUAGACCGAAUGAUGUCUGGAGCUCCACUAGGUGCUCAUGUUGAAUCGCCGCCGUUUGUCCACCCCCAGCAGGUGUGUGCAGCCAACGUUCAUGUUGGUCUGUCUUGAAAUGUGAUGCCAGAACACAGGGACUAAAGAGAGUAUGGAGCUUUCUGGACUGUCCACACAAUGACACAACAUGAGCUCCUUAGGUGCUGGACGUUAAGACGUUAUUAUGAUGUUAUUAUGACAUGUAUUAUUAUUAUUAUUAUUAUUAUUAUUAUUAUUAUUAUGUCCGAAAGGGGAACAGAACGAUCCAUCCAAUGUCCAUUAGUAUUCAGUAUUAGAGUUAUGUCUAGGACAUUUAAGCUCUUUAAAGCUUCUGGAAAGCUGUAUAUUAUUUUAUUAAUGUAAAAUGUCAUGCUUUAUGUUAGAUAUGCUGUAUGUGCACGCAUGUGUCUGU